AUGUCUCUUCAGGGAGAUGUGUGGGAUGGUUUCAAGAUGAAUGUGGAGAGUACUGGGAUGCUCUGGGUGGGUCUCCUCGACUACUAUGCACGAGUUUUUGACUUCGAUGAACAUGUCAUCACCAUUCGACAGAAGAAACCUCUUACCCGAUUUGAAAAGCUUUGGACAGGAAGUGCUAUUGCCAUUGAAGAUCCCUUUGACUUGAGCCAUAACCUUGGGAAUGGAGUCUCCUUCAAGAUGGCUCUGUACAUCCGCAAGGCAUUCAUCCGAGCAAGGGAAGUCUUUGGGACACCUCAAGACAAGUUACCAGAUUCAGUGAAAUAUCCUGAAGACUACUUCUUCAUGAGGGGGUCACUGACAGAUGAGCAGCCACCAAAUGACCGG